AUGAUGUCCCAGAGAGCCUUGGAGAGCCGAGCCGACUACACGGUCGGCUGGAUUGCAGCCUUACCCAUAGAAAGAGCUGCUGCGAUCGCCAUGCUCGACGAGCAGCACAAGAAGCCGCUUGAUUUCGUCCAACCGGUUAGCGACAAGAACUCGUAUACCUGGGGGAGAAUCGCCGAGCACAAUGUAGUUCUCGCAUCGCUGCCUGCAGGUGUUUACGGGACAACGUCAGCUGCGACCACGGCAACCUCGAUGGUCUCUUCGUUCCCUCAGAUUCGCAUAGGUCUUAUGGUUGGCAUCGGGGCGGGCAUUCCACGGCCAGACCAAGAUGUUGACAUUCGACUUGGUGACAUUGUCGUCAGCCAGCCAUCUGGCCAGAGCGGCGGUGUCGUCCAAUACGACUUCGGGAAAGCCAAGAAAGAAGAUCGAUUCGAGCGUACGGGUUUUUUGAGUUCACCGCCUCAGGCUCUUCUCAAUGUGCUCUCCAAUCUCCAGUCCCAGCACGAAUUCGGAUCCAACAUCCCACAAAUUCUCGAAGACAUGUUCGACAAGCAUCCUGAACUUGCUAAGGCAAAACCCGGAAAGUCCAGCUAUAAGUACCAGGGACGAGAGCAGGACCGACUAUUCAAGUCAUCCUAUGCUCACAGCCGGGGCAGAAAUUGCAACUACUGCGAUCCAGAGCAGGAACUUGAACGCGAAGAGCGCGAGUCUUCUGAGCCAGAGAUUCACUACGGCCUUAUUGCCUCUGGAAACACCCUGGUAAAAGAUGCCGCCAUCAGAGACUCGAUCGUUCAGAACCUCGGUGACGAAUGCUUCUGUCUCGAGAUGGAGGCAGCUGGUCUGAUGAAUAACUUCCCUUGUUUGGUCAUAAGAGGAAUUUGCGACUAUGCCGACUCUCACAAGAAUGAUCGAUGGCAAAGAUACGCCGCUGCAACAGCUGCAGCGUACGCCAAGGAACUUCUCGGUGUUAUUGAAGGCGAAGAUGUUGAGAGGACUCAGAAGGCUAUCGAUGUCCUACAAGACAGUUAG